AUGGCGAAGAAGCGCUUUAGUUUACAAAAGGUCAAAGUAGAGGUGUUGGCUUUGCUUAAGAAGCCUGCUUGUCCCCUAGAUCCUCUCGCUCAACCACUGCCUUAA